CGUUGAUUUACAACCAUGAGUGGCGCAAUGUUCGGAGGAGAUGAGGUCGGCGCGCUGGUGCUUGACAUUGGCUCGGCCACAACGCGCUUUGGCUUUGCUGGAGAAGACACCCCGAAAUCCGUCUUCCCGUCGGUGGUCGGACUGGCCCCAAGCCAUCAUGCCGCGAGCCAGGACUCUGUACCCAUGGAUACCUCCGAUCGUGAUCUGCCGUCAGGCACGGCGGGUGGCGCCGCACGGCGCAGCCGCAAAAGCUACGUUGGUACGACAACGCUCGCAGUUGUGCGCUCCAACGUUGAUCUGGCCGGAGUCAUGCAGAACGGUCUUGUCGAAGAUUGGGAGCGCUUUGAGCUCCUGGCAGAUUACGGCUUUGCGACUGGGUUGCGUGUGGAUGCUGCCCAACAUCCCCUCCUCAUGAUUGAGCCGUCUUGGAAUCCCCGCGAAAGCCGUGAGCACAUGACGGAGCUGUUUUUCGAAAAGUAUAACGUGCCGGCGUUCUACCUGGCCCGGAGUGCUGUGGCAUCUGCCUUUGCCAAUGGACGACCCACUGGGCUUGUGUUGGAUAUUGGAGCCUCACUCUCUAGCGCUGUACCUGUCGUGGACGGGUUUGUGAUGCCCAAAUCCAUCAUGACCAGCAGUGUUGGUGGCGAUUUUCUCUUGAGCCAGUGUGCGCAAUACUUGGAAAAGAACCAGAUCGUCAUACGCCCUUCAUACAUGGUUGCCUCGAAGCAAGCGGUCGCGCUGAACGCUGCUCCCAAGUGGACACCACGAACAUUUGCCGAGCCAAUCUCAGACUCCUUCCAUCGCUAUUCCAAGCAGCUUGUGCUUCAAGAUUUUGUGCACAGUGUGCUAUUUUGCUCUGGCCGCACUUUCGAUCGCGAUUCUGUUGCCAAUUUGCCCGCAGCGUCGUUCGAGUUCCCCGACGGCUUGAACAUUUCGCUAGGAGCUGAUCGUUAUCGUCUGGCUGAGACCCUGUUUGAUCCUGAGACGCAUGCAGAUGCGACCGCGCCAGCUGUUAGUGUUUCUUCACGCGCGUCGUCCGCAUCCGCGAUGGACGCCACCUCGGACGGGACGAAAGAUCCAGCAGGAGGGCUGGCGGCUCCCAAGCCCAUCGGUCUGCAUCGCCUGGCAACUGCCGCAAUCAACUCGUGUGACGUGGAUGUCCGACCAAGCAUUGGAUCGUCCGUUAUUGUUGUCGGUGGCGGUAGUCUUGUCCGAGGCCUGCCCGAGCGGCUGGACGCGGAGCUGCGCAUGGCUUUGCCCGCCAUCUCCAAGCUCAAAACAGUGGCCUCUGGGCUCAGUGUCGAACGCAUGUUCAGCAGCUGGAUUGGCGGCUCCAUUCUGGCCUCCCUCGGCUCCUUUCAACAAAUGUGGAUGUCAAAGCAAGAGUACGAAGAAUCGGGCAAGGCAUACAUUGAGAAGAAAUGCGUGUAACAGUUAUUCGUUGGUUGUCCUCGUUUCUUCGAAUGAGUUUAUUUUGUGCACGUGUCGUUUUUUGUGUCAGUACUUGUUUGCAAUUCCAUCAGCAACUUACCUCGCUCGCAUUGAC